AUGUCGGCCAAGAGGGCAGAACUGAGGAAAACAAACCCGGUAAAGGAGAAACGUUGCCGGACAACCAAGAACUACAAGACAGUUUGCCUGGAAUUGAAGCCAGAGCCAACCAAAACAUAUGAUUACAAAGGAGCUAAACCAGGAGAGCCAUUUGUCAAAGCAGGAGUGACACAGGAGCUGAAGAAUGAACUCAGGGAGGUGAGGGAAGAGCUCAAGGAAAAAAUGGAGGAGAUAAAACAGAUAAAGGAUAUAAUGGACAAGGAUUUUGAUAAACUUCACGAAUUCGUGGAAAUUAUGAAGGAAAUGCAGAAGGAUAUGGAUGAGAAGAUGGACGUUCUUAUAAAUAUUCAGAACAACAAGCUUCCCCGUAGAAGAGGAUCAAAGGAGCAGCUGGAACUCAGGCUGAUGGGAAAGACUGACACAGACCUGCAGCUCAGGCCCAAGAAAAUGGACGGAGCUGCUGGAGUACCAUUAGCUCGUCACAAGAAGACGUUGGCACCACCAAAAACAAAAAAGGACCCACUGGAUUCCCUUCAUCAAUGUAAUACCUGCUGUGAGAAAUGUUUGUUGUGUGCCCUAAAGAACAACUGCAAUCAGGGCGCAGCCACAGAACUUAUCAGCAGCUCCGGUUCAUCCCCUCCCACCCCCUGAGCUGCACAGUUAGGGCUUACUGCCUGCUUAACUACCACCCACACUCCAGGCUCCACCCAGAGAUUAAAAAUCUUCAUUUAAAGCCAA